GGGCCGCGGGCGCGAGCGGAGGCCGCGGGCACGCGCACAGCCCGCCGGAGCCCCGCCCCACGCCCCCGACCCGCCUCCAAAUACUCCACCUCCGCGCGGCCGCGCAGUCGCCUCCAGCCGCCUGCAGGGUCCGAACGCGCUGCUCGGAAGAAAGCCGGCGACCGCGGGCGCCCCGCCGCGCGGGCAGCCUCGGGACAAUGGGGACAAUGGGCCCGCGGCGCCUGCUGCUCGUCGCGGCCGGCCUCAGCCUGUGCGGUCCCUUGCUGUCUUCCCGCGUCCCCGCGCGCCAGCCAGAACCCGAGAGGACAGAUGUCACUCUGAACCCCCGCUCGUUUCUUCUCAGGAAUCCCAGUGAAAAUGUAUUUGAACAGGUGCCCCUGGGGGACGAGGAGGAGAAAAAUGAAAGUGUGUUGCCUGAGGGCAGGGCAAUCUACUUCAAUAAAAGCUGCUGUCCUCCCCCACCACCUGCUCCCUUCAUCUCGGAAGAUGCCUCGGGAUAUCUGACCAGCCCCUGGCUGACGCUCUUUAUCCCCUCGGUCUACACCUUUGUGUUCAUGGUCAGCCUUCCUCUGAACAUCCUGGCCAUUGCAGUGUUCGUCUUGAAGAUGAAGGUCAAGAAGCCGGCCGUGGUGUACAUGCUGCACCUGGCCAUGGCCGACGUGCUGUUUGUGUCCGUGCUCCCCUUCAAGAUCAGCUACUACUUUUCCGGCAGUGAUUGGCAGUUCGGGUCUGGAAUGUGCCGCUUCGCCACGGCAGCAUUUUAUUGUAACAUGUAUGCCUCCAUCAUGCUCAUGACCAUCAUAAGCAUUGACCGGUUCCUGGCCGUCGUGUACCCCAUCCAGUCCCUGUCCUGGCGCACUCUCGGCCGAGCCAACUUCACUUGCCUGGUCAUUUGGGUGAUGGCCAUCAUGGGGGUGGUGCCUCUUCUCCUCAAGGAGCAGACCACCCGGGUUCCGGGGCUCAACAUCACCACCUGCCACGAUGUCCUCAACGAGACCCUGCUACAAGGCUUUUACUCCUACUACUUCUCAGCCUUCUCCACCGUCUUCUUUCUGGUGCCGUUGAUCAUUUCCACGGUCUGCUACGCGUCCAUCAUCCGGUGCCUUAGCGCCUCCGCGGUUGCCAACCGGAGCAAGAAGUCCCGGGCUUUGUUCCUGUCUGCCUCUGUGUUCUGCAUCUUCAUCGUCUGCUUUGGACCCACCAACAUCCUGCUCAUCAUGCACUACCUGCUCCUCUCCGACAAUCCCGGCACAGAGACGGCCUACUUUGCCUACCUGCUCUGCGUCUGUGUGAGCAGCGUGAGCUGCUGCAUCGACCCCUUGAUUUACUACUAUGCCUCCUCCGAGUGCCAGAGGCACCUCUACGGCAUCUUGUGCUGCAGAGAAAGCUCCGAUCCCAACAGUUACAACAGCACCGGCCAGCUGAUGCCCAGUAAAAUGGAUACCUGCUCUAGCCACCUGAGUAACAGCAUCUACAAAAAGCUGUUGGCUUAGUGGGAAAGGAUUGCAGGAAGGUUACACAGAACAAGGUUGGAAAAGUGGACAGCCCCGGGGAUCCCGUUAGUCCCUGGCAAGAACUAUAUUUACUUCACCACCUAAAGCAACCAAUGUCUAAAUUGCAUGCCUGCUUCUUACAAGCGCUAUCAAGCAUAAUUACCAGGAAGGUAAUGGGCACCAGAGAUAGAGAUUUCCAAGGAUGCCAGUGCUGUGAUAGUAACUGACUGUCACUUCUUAUAUGUCUAGGUGACUUAAAUAUAUAGGAGGUAUGCACACACACACACACAUUUGCAAUGCAGUGUGGAAUCAGCGCUUUGACACUUUCCUGUUUAUUCCCUAGCAAUUACUGUGGAAAUAAUCUGAUUCUCUUACUUAAUAAACCAAGUCUGGUUUGAUGGAUGUUAGCAUUGAAUGUUGAAGGUGUCUAAUGAUAGGAAGGGGUCCAUAGUUUAGACUUAACAUGGCUUUUGCCCAUAUGUAUUUCUUUCCAAUUAUUUGAUGGUAAUGUUUAAGCAAUAGAAGGAUGAAACGGCAUUAUCUGUGUAGGGGAAGGUCUUGUCCUUUUCAUCUUGAACAUAUCAUAGUUGAAGAAUUACCAAAGCAGUUGGAAAGCCCAUGUUGAUAUGGGUAGCAUUUUUGAAAUUUAUAUACUGAAUAUAUGGAUCAAGACUGAACAUGAGACCCACCAGGUCAUAAGAAACCUUUCAAAGCAGCCAAGCCUGGUAACUAGGCACAACCAUUUCCAGGAAGGCCUCUGAGCAGCAGAUACAUACCCAUUCAGUUGUGCCUCCCAGAGAACAGAGAUGGGGACCACCAGGCCCAGUCCUUCCUCCUAGGCUGUGAAUUGACUGUAUCUGUUAGAAAUUGGCAAGGUAGGAUAUGACAUCUUGGGAGGCAAUAACUACAAAAGUCGUCUGCACAGCUGAGGAGCAGAGAAAGGUGUGUAGCUGUCCGGUAUGGGUAUGUCCUGCAAGGCUGGCUCUUACACAGACAUACCCAUGUGUCCUGGGCACUCUGAUGGAUUCUGAGCCUGCAGACUGACUGACUGCAGGACAUUAACAGAGUCCUGCCUUUGCUAAAGCAAAGCAGAUAGCUGACAUGUAGUCGAUAUGAUGUAUGCACAUAAAAACACUGUUGUACAUAGAAGUGUGUUCAGCCAGAUGUCACCAAGCAUAUUUCACAUAAGCAAGCCCUAAUAGCUAAACAACCUUGGAGAUCUGAUCUUCUUCCAGUAACUGUAGUUAAGUAUAACUAAAAACAUAGUAGAAGAUGUAUAUUUUUAAGAAAUAAGCCCUUCAGUCUGCAAUAAUUAGACACUAUUUAUUUACAAAUGUUUUAUUAAAAAUUACUCAAAUUAGCCACACACCUUUA